GCAGGUGCGAACCCAGACGGAGCAAGGAAUGUCCCUGCAGGAGGUAAACGUGAGCGCGUUGGAGUCGCCCGGCUGCAUGGAGCUGUGGAAUAUCAGCGUGGAAGUGGCCGGUUUCAACAUGGGCUGCACAAACAGAUCCGCCGUCCCGAAAUCCAGACCUAAAGAGAUGGACACAGUGCGCAUCGUGCUCUACACGCUCAUCUUCCUCCUCGGCGUUUUCGGCAACCUGCUCAUCAUCGUCGUCCUGAUUCUCAACAAGCGCAUGAGAACGGUCACUAACUCCUUCCUGCUGUCGCUCGCUAUCAGCGACUUGAUGAUGGCCAUUUUCUGCAUGCCGUUCACGCUCAUCCCCAACAUCCUGGAGGACUUCAUCUUUGGGGCGGCCAUGUGCAAGACGGUCGCCUAUUUCAUGGGGCUCUCUGUCAGCAUUUCCACCUUCAGCCUGGUGGCUAUUGCCAUCGAGCGAUACAGUGCCAUCUGCAACCCGCUGAAGUCCAGAGCGUGGCAGACGCGAUCCCACGCAUACCGUGUUAUCGCCGCCACCUGGGUGAUCUCUCUGCUCAUCAUGAUUCCCUAUCCGGUGUUCAGUAUCAUCAAGACUUUCCCCAAGGCCAACGGCACCGUAGGCCACAUGUGUCGCCUCACCUGGCCCAGUCACCACGCCGAGCAAAGCUGGUAUGUGCUCCUGCUGUUCAUUCUGUUCUUCAUUCCUGGCGUGGUGAUGGCUGUAGCCUACGGCCUGAUCUCCAGAGAGCUUUAUCGAGGCAUGCGCUUUGAAAUGAAGCAGAACGAAGCAGAGACCACUGAGCUGAAAAACGGAACGAUCCCAGAGUCAAAUGACGAGGACGACGAUGACGGUUGCUACGUUCAGGUUCCCCCAAAGUCCUCCGCCAUGGAGCUCCCAACCCUCCCGACCUCGGCGUCGUCCUCCACGGCCACGAGCGCCGCUUCGGCGCCGCCCAAGACCGAGCGCGCUCGCAGCAACACGUCCAACGCCAAGUUGCAGGCCAAAAAGCGAGUCAUCCGCAUGUUGCUGGUGAUCGUGGCGCUCUUCUUCAUUUGCUGGAUGCCGCUGUACUCGGCCAACACCUGGAAGGCUUUUGACUUGAAGGCGGCGUCCAAAGCCCUAACGGGCAUCCCCAUUUCCUUCAUCCACCUGCUGUCCUACACGUCGGCCUGCGUCAAUCCCGUCAUCUACUGCUUCAUGAACACGCGCUUCCGCAAGGCCCUGCUGUCCACCUUCGCCCGCUGCUGUCGCAAUCGCCUGUGUCGCAAGUGCUGCCCGUCUCUCCUGGAGGCGGGCGAGGAGGGCACCACCGGCUAUUCCAUGGCCACAACGAUGGCGACUUCCGUGUCCAAGUACAGCUACACCACCGUCGGCUCCACGCCCACCUGACCAACCUCCGCAAGAGCCGAGACGGGUGCCGUUGUUUUGCUUUGUAUUUAAAAAUGUCGUCAUCCGCUGAGCAAUGUUUUUUUUUAAUGCCUUUUUUCCCCCAUUACUCAUUUUGAGAGGAUGUUGUAGAAUGUUAGACUGAUGAAUGCGCCUGUUGAAUCUGCAACAAUUGCUUUGUUAUUCUGAAGGAAAGUGCCUCACUUUUUGUUUUUUACAGAUUAUUUAUUUCAUAUUAUUCUCCUAGAAACACCAAAAUGGAUCGUCCUCCCCUCAACGCAGCUCUUGUUUUCUAUCAACUUUUUUGUUGUACUGUCUAUUGUCAUGGGAAAUGUGCAACCUACACACUUGGAUUUUGGGCAAACGGAAGACUCCACACUGGACUGCUUGCCUGUCAGUGGGAAUUGAUCCAUCACCAGCCUGUCCAAAAGUCAGGUAUGUAAACAGAUACCACACCACUACCUUUGGUGUAUCUGAAUUCUCAAUUUGUGUUCUUUUACUUCCUUGUUUCAAGUGUCUGCAAAGUCUGAACACGUGGGUAAAAAUACAACGUUUUCAAUGACCAAAAUGUUCUUGGACUCGAUGCAACAAAUCCGCAUUGCCUUCAAUUUUGGUACAUUAGUCAGUUGAUUUAAAUAACCACUGAGUUAAUUAGUUAACUCUUUCUUCCUUUGAAGAAAAAUGUGUUGAAUUGAAUGGAAAAAUGUUUGAUUAUCCCAAGUGUCCAAACUUUACCCACACCCUUGAUGUGUGCAAAUAUAAAACCCAACCGAGAGCAAUUUUGCCUUAUUACCUCAUAUUUGUAAGAGGCUUGUUUUGAAACAAACCACAGCAUUCAUGUUAUUCCCUAACGCAGCUGAAUUUCGAAUGUUCUGGGAAUACGUAUGCUUCCAUGCAAAUCUGCUUUCGUCAGCUUGAUUAGCUUUCCCGGUUACUCUCUACCUUUGACCCUGGGAGCCAAAUGUGCUUGUUUUUGCCUAAGCUGUUUUCGUUCAUUGCAUAAUGUUUUGGCUCGGCAAAGACAAUUGGCCUCUUCAAAUGCAGUCAAAUAAUGAAAAGGUGCUUCCUCUCCAAUAUGGGUAGGAAAAGUGGUGUUGAAUUUAUUUUUCAGCAGUGCCCAAGUAUUGCUGAUGCAAGUCUCGAACGUGAAACUGCAGUAAACUUUUGUUGCUUGACCACAGCUGCUGCAAAGGAUGAUUGGUAGCCGAAUAUCAUCUCCCUAAAUGAUGGUAGGCAGUAACCGAUGCUAACAGUGGGAUAUUGAAUUCGAUCGACCCCCCUUGUGAAAUUCAAAUAGCCUUGUACCAAGGGACAUUUCGAAGCAAAAACUAGAAUCGAUAUAAAAGCAGAUGUAAUUAGGCAAGUGGUCUUUGUACAGGACGUUUAUUGGGAUUAUUUGAAUUAGUCAUAUCCAAAUUGCAUGUUUUUUUUUUUUUUUUUUAAUUAUAAGGUCAUGGUGACAUAGGAAGAAAAAUACUGAAAUGAUCUCCUUUGAGAUAUCGUUUUGGCAACAUACUGCAAAUCUUUUUCAAUUGAUGGAAGUCAUAACAGCGCAGGAGAAUUUUAAUCCUGAUCUUGGUGUUGCCUUUUUAAUUUAUUACUCUUGUAAUCCCUCAAGGUGAAAUUCAACUGGCGCUCUGCUGUGUACAGUAUUUGUUGUUCAACACACAGAAGCACACACGCAGGCAUGCAUCAAGGGGCCAUACAAACGCUUACAUGGGACCCAAGCUGUGACCCUCCAUUCCAAAGACAAAUCCAAUUAUAUCUGCCUUUCAGAUUGCGAACAAUUCAGAACUGUCCGUAGGGACAACAUCCGUUUUUACACGUAGAUCCCAUAAUUUAGAGAAGGACACCUGUUUGGAUUGUCACUAAGUAGGCAUCGACCCCGCCACUGCCUGUAUGGAAGCCGGGCAAAUGCAGACAAAUGAUAGAUCUACUGAGGAGUAAAGUUGGGAUUGGUUAUGCGGUCGCAAAAAUUAAAACA